GACGAGGGGAAAAAAGAUAAGAUUUUGAUCUGAAAGUUCAGCGUUUAAUCUCUGGAGCUUCUCACUCCAGCUUGCAGCUUCUUCUUUUUUUUACACCCUCGAAAUAUUGGUCUCUGCAUGCUGCAAGUAUUUAAUUUCCUUCUCUACUCUGCACGGAGAUACAAUCCACUUCCUGUCCUGCUCCCGGACUCUAAACACACCCGGCAUCCCGAAUGUCCUCGCAACCUCGGAGCGAGAGAGAGGAGCGCGUAAAAAGGACUGGUCGGUUUCCUCGGGAGGAGCGGGAGGAGAUCACGGCGCUCCGGUUGGAGCUCCGGGAAGAAGAGGAGUAGGAGGAAAGAGGAGGAGGAGGAGGAGGAGGAGGAAGGAGAGAGCAUCCCUUCCCAGCCUUACAAACACACACCCUGAAGACAACAACGCUCCAGUAAUCUUGUAAAAUACUGUUGCUGGAUAUCAAAGCCAUAAGAGUACAUCACGGUUAAGAUAAAUACAUACGUUUAUUUGUCACACACACACACACACACACGGACGCCCGGGACGCCCCCAGCACGCCGCCGCAGAAUGGAUCUCCCACCAAUCAGAGGUUUGUCUGAUGUGCCGUGAGCGUUGGGAGCACCUUGCCCCAGCCCCGGCCUGCAGCCCUGGUGCUACCCAGCCUGGCUCACCAGGAUGGACCCUGCUCGUUCCUUCAGGAUGGAGCUGGACGGGCUGGACCUCCAACAGGUCCCUGUGUUGUCGCUGGACCAGAUACGUGCUAUCCGGGCCAACAAUGACUAUGUGGACAGGCCCGUGUCGCUGGAACCGGCAACCCAGUCCGGGUUUUUCUAUGCCCAUGACGACCGUUACCCUCACGGAGUAUACCCCCACUACCCACAGCCUUCUUUGCACUCGGCCCUGCCCCGCAGCCAAAGUCAACAGCAGCACGCUCAACUGUCCCACCUGAGCCGUUCCAGUACCAGAAGCUCUUCCAUGUCCCGGAACAGUGCCACAUCAGACCAGCGGCUACUGGCGGGUUUGACGCCGUCUCAUUCCGGCCUUGCUUCGGCGGUCCGUUCUCAGCCAAAAGGAGAACUCAAGCCAGACGCUUCCUUUGGCAAGGGCCUGGCGGAGGACGAGGCCGAGCCGGGCCUUCAUUUGUUCAUCUGCGAGCGAUGCGGUCGAUGUAAGUGCCAAGAGUGCUGCGCCCCCCGCCGGCUGCCUUCCUGUUGGGCGUGCGGACAGCGCUGUCUGUGCUCCGCCGAAAGCGCCGUGGAGUACGGCACCUGCUUGUGCUGCGUCAAAGGCGUGUUCUACCACUGCUCCGCCCAGGACGACGAGGAUAACUGUGCCGAUCGGCCGUGCACCUGCGGUGCGGCCCACGCCUGUGCUCGCUGGAGCACCAUGGGGCUGUUGGCGCUCUGCCUGCCCUGCCUCUGCUGCUACCCCCUCGCCAGGCUGUGCCUUGCCCUGUGUCAGUGUGCCCACGACCGCAACACGCGCCCCGGCUGCAGGUGCAGCAACACCAACACCGUGUGCCGCAAGAUCUCCGCCUCCAACCCUAACUCUGGUCACCCUUCGCUCCGCAGCAAGGCCCUGGAGAAGCCCUUAUGACAGGCCUGGAUGGGGCCCCAAUCCACUUCUCCUCAGCCGUCGCCAAAGCAACGCUGUCGCCAAUCAACCGUGCCACAGCUGAUAUUGUGAUGACAAUGUGUCCCACACACCAACGUACGACAAGCCAAUCAACCAACCAACCAAUCAACCAACCAAACAACAAACCAACUAACUAACCAACCAACCAACCAACCGUGAAGUGUUGUUCACCUAAUGUACCUUGCAUUUACUUCAUCUCCAGCUCAGGAGGGACCAAAGCUUUACUGUGCCUGUUCAUGUUGGAGACUUCAUGCCUAAAAAUUCUCGCUGAAGAAGUCGUGCUUUGUUGGACUGCCCUUCAACCUUAACCAAGACAUCCAGACAGAAACCGCCUCUCUGAGCGUUCUGUGGCGUAGUCUGGACGUGGUGAAAUAUAUUUAUUUAUUCUCGAACCUCCUUCCGCCCCACCCUCUGCAGAGAGAACGCACAGACGGGCGAUGGACCAAAUCAGGGAGGAAAGACGCCCGUGGCGAUGUGAAACGGUCCACGCCAACACAGUUCCUGUCCUCUAGGACCAGAGAGUCAGAAGAUGCAUGAGAGGUCGAGGAGCGCGAUGAAGUUCCCAAGACUCCGCAAAAGGUUCGGAAUUAAUGAACGAAGAAAAAACUAAACGUCGUGCCGCGGCGCGUAUCCGACUGGGAGUCUUUUAACAAAAGCCCAGAGGCAUACAGUGAGAUCAAAGAGAACACAUCUGUAACAGUUUGACACCAAAAAAGAAGAAGAAGGGACCAUGCCCUGAACCAACUGAGUGAAUUUGAAAGCUAUUAAGCUCAUUUGUAAAGGAGAAGCACUGUGAGGUAGACGGGCGAUGUCUACCCCAGCAGCCACGAGCUGCCCGGGGGGUUAUUUAACCGGAGGGAGGGUGCAUCCAUUGUCACUCGGCAGCGUGUGUGUGUGUGUGUGUGUGUGUGUGAGUGUGUCCUCCUACUGUACAACAACCUGUGUAUGUAGAAGAUGUGUGUAUGUUGUUUUCUCAGCAGAAGAAGCCUCCCUUCGUCUUAUUUUUAGCAGCAGUGCUCCGGUGGAGCUCCGGAGGGUCUGGUCGGGUUUCCUCCCCAAGUCCGUCUGUCGCCAACCUCCCUCCCUCUCAUCCCCCUCUCUUCUCUCCCAUCCUCCAAGCAAACGAUUUUUUACUCUCAUUCAGGCAGUCAGCCCCCCAACUAUAAUAAUGUUUGCGAUAAGUUAAAAAACAAUAUUAAAACGUUUAGAACAAAAGCUGAGCAAUACGUAAAAGACUAGAAACGUAUGUUUACUGAGAUACGUAAUUUAUAUAGACUUCUAUACAACCAGAGGAGUCGCGCCCUGGUGGUCAGUAGAGAGGAUGCAGCUUUAACAUAAGCAAUAGACUUCUACAGAACCAGAGGAGUCGCCCCCUGUUGGUCAGGAGAGAGAAUGCAGCUUUAACACAUGAAGCAUAUACCUCUAUACAACCAGAGGAGUCGCCCCCUGGUGGUCAGGAGAGAGAAUGCAGCUUUAACACAUGAAGCAUAUACCUCUAUACAACCAGAGGAGUCACCCCCUGGUGGUCAGGAGAGAGAAUGCAGCUUUAACACAUGAAGCAUUGACUUCUAUGCAACCAGAGGAGUCGCCCCCUGGUGGUCAGGAGAGAGAAUGCAGCUUUAACACAUGAAGCAUAGACUUAUAUAUAACCAGAGGAGUCGCCCCCUGGUGGUCAUCAAAGUGAAUGCAGCUUUAAGACACUUCCACAUUGACUUCACUGGAUUAUCCCUCGAGGCCCUUUAACCACGGUACCACACCUCCUGUCAGCUAACGGUUAAUGGUGGUUAACAAGCGUUGGCUAUUCGUCAUACAAAAAUACAUAUUUUAGUAUCUCUACAUCUCAGCCACUAAGACCUUGUUUUUAACAAAUUGAUGUUCUUGGUAACGUGCAACAAUUCUAAAAAAUGAGAAGGAGUUUUUAAAAAGAAAUGCAAUUACAUCCCAACCGGCAAAAGCCAGCUGACAACAGACGCCCUUCAUCCCUCCCUCCUCUCCUCGUCCGCUCAGAGGGCUAAAAGCCUCCCGCUCCGGGUCCAUGGAGAGCUGGUCAAACAGGCAAUUAGCUUCA